AUGGCGUCGCUUCCCAAUUUCGAUGAUUUGCCUUCCGUCAAGGGUAUGCCUCCAGGCUGUGCCUGGGGUGUUUUUGACAAGAAUGGCAAAAAGGAUCUUCUGGGGACCCUAAAUCUUCUUACCCCCGAAGUGAUCAAGGCAGCAGCAGCAGAGGUCCGCCAAGGAGUGUCUAUUUCGCUGAAUUGGCCUAUUGGGAGCAUCAAAGUCCCAGGCUUCUUUCGCAAGAGUCUAUGUCAUGAUUUCAUAAAACUUGAAGAUCCAGCAUCAGGCUGUCAUUUCGGCUUCGACGAUGAGGUGGCAUUCAAUACCCAAGCCAGCAGCCAGUGGGAUAGCUUCUGUCACUUCAUGCACCUCUCUACCAAUCUUACCUACAACGGAGCCAAACCAGCAAUCGAAUCCCUCCAAAAUCCUGAUCCAGCCCGGUUACUUCCAACACUAGACCACUGGCACAACCGUGGCUGUGUAACGGGUCGCGGCAUAUUGAUCGACUUUAAACGUUACGCUUGCGCCAAACAAAUAUCCUAUGGAACUUUCUCCAACUUCCAUAUCGGGCCUGCAGAGAUUGAAGCAAUAGCAGCCCACCAAAACGUGACCUUCCGCCCAGGGGAUAUUCUCCUCAUUCGUUUUGGUGUGACAGAAGCCUUGGGUUCCAUGACAGGCGAGCAACAAGCCACUGCGCUAUCCAGUCACCGAAUGUGCGGUCUAGAAGGCAACAAAGAGAUGGCGCGGUGGUUAUGGGAUAAUCAUUUCGCAGCUGUAGCAUCGGACAAUAUGGCGGUGGAAGCUAUGCCUUCUAAAAUUGACGGGGUUGAUCAGGCGAGCCAUGAGCUGAUUUUGCACCAGUGGUGUUUGAGUUUGUUGGGUAUUCCGCUUGGGGAGCUUUGGGACUUGAAGGCUCUCAGUGACGCUUGUGCUGCCAGUGGACAAUAUUCGUUUUUGCUGACCUCUGCGCCAUUGAACGUUCCUGGUAUUGUUGGGAGUCCGCCUAAUGCGUUGGCUAUUUUGUGA